AUGCCUCGUAUUUUAUGUCAUCUUAACCAAUUUUUUCACGCUUAUGCAUAUGUAUUCCAUCGAAGAUCAUCAAAAACGGGAACAUUAGAUAUUAAAGUUGUCUUUGUCAGCUCUUUCGUGCGUGAAAAGUUUGUGGAGUUUUCAAUGUUGAAAUUGGCCAAUGAUUGUGAAGACUUCCAUGAAAAUAAUGAUAAUAAUGAAGACAUGAAUGACAUCAACACUGAUCGAUAUUAUCAAAUACAGCUAAAAUUUCCUGGAAAGGAGAUUGAUUCAUACACCUUUAGAAUAAACAUUGCAAAGUUUGAUGAGGAUGGCUACGUUGUUGAUCACUUUAGUAGAAUUCAAGUAAAUUUUCCUGCUAAAGGAUAUUUGGAGGUGACUGAACUUGACUCACAAAGUGGAAACAAAGUUUUGAAGUGGAAACUGAAUGUUGAAGAAAAGAACUCAACUGAAUCCAUGAGCAAUGACGAUAAGGAUGAUGAUGACCAAAAAAACAGUAAAAGAAAGGGAAAUGAAACGUCAGAUUUCUCAGAACAAGAAGCGUCUGCCAUUGAUGUUUUACAUAUGGAUGUGGAUGAAGCAAGAGAAGGUGAUCUAAGUAGCUUUCGUAAAGUGGAGAAAUUAGUAACUGCAGAUGGUGGUGUUGUACAAUUGGAUGACAUUAAGCUGACUCUUGAUACAAAUUGUGUAGCUCAACCAACGAUGAUAAAGUUGAUUAAAGAGAAUAAUGGUGUUUCUUUCUGGAAUAUACCACUACAUUUGAACAACGAAAAAUCCCUGAAAGUUCUUUGUUCUCUGAAAUGUCUUCCAAAGGGCAUAAUAUUUCACAGUCCUGCUAUUUUGAGCGUACGUGUUCAUGAGACCGCAUUGGUUGUGGAGAACACUUACGUUUUUUGUGGCUCGUACAUGGACAACGCAGAGUCCAUUACUUGGAACAUGACAAGUGAUGUCAACAUUGAUGUCGUAAGAAAGUUGAUCAGCAUAAAUAUUCCAAAAAGUGCUCUCUACAUUUACCUUGCUGGAAAUUUUUUGGACGAACAUCGAGUCCUCAGUCAUUUGAAUCAUUCUUUCAAGUGCCGUGUUUUUGUAUUUCAUCGAAGGUUGCCACAGUUAGAAAACAAAGUAUUUGAUUUAUCUGUCGUAUUCAUCAGUGAAUACACGAUAAACGAUAUACAGUUUAAUGAUCAUUUGCAAGAGGGCUACACUAAAGGAGUGGAAGGAAAUUUGGAGAUUAUUAAGACAGAUCGAAAACAUCAUUUAAAUUUGGAUAUUCUUGGAACUAAGUUUCCACCAUUUACGUUUGAAUUUAACGAGGAAGUUCUUGAUAACGAAGGUCAAGUAAUUCAUCAUUUUAUGGGAAGAAAAAUACCAUAG